GUGCCUCACGGUAUCAGUAGGAACAGGAAGAGUACCUGACCAGGUGGACCAGGACGACUCGUUAGAAGAACCAUCAUGGCACUCCAAUGGGUGAAGCCGUGGAUCGCUCUGCUCUUCGGACUAUCUGCUGCACAUUCUGAGACUGUUAUGAUUCCAGACAUGACUUCCAUUGGGAGUCUAUAUGAUUCCAAACUGCAAAUCGUAUCAGCAGGAGCAAGUCCCACUCAUAACGGGCAGGUCUGCAGCACAUGGGGUAACUACCACUACAAAACCUACGAUGGAGACCUCUUCCAGCUGCCCUACACCUGUAACUACGUGCUGUCGUCAUUGUGUAAGAGCAGCAGCGGCUACGAGGCCUUUAACAUUCAGCUGCAGCGCGGGGAGGUAGAUGGGCUGCCCACCAUCACCAAGGUUUCUUUGAAGCUGGAUGGAACCUUCGUGGAGCUGGCCAACGGUAACGUCAGCGUCAAUGGAUUACAGGUCACCAUACCGUUUGGUCAGUUUAACGUCUUCAUUGAGAGGACCGUUUCCUAUGUGAAGAUCACAGCCAAGCUGGGGUUAGUCAUCAUGUGGAAUGAGGAUGACUCCCUCUGGGUGGAGCUGGACUCAAAGUUCCAGAAUCAGACAUGUGGGCUGUGUGGAGACUUCAACGGAGUCCAGAACGAGUUCAAUAGGAAGGAUGAUUAUCUGAAGACAAUCGACUAUGCCGAUAUUUGGAAGAUGAAUGGCCCAACAGAGACCUGUACAGAAAUCCCUGUUCACACUGAGCAGUGUGAAGACCAGACCAAACGUUGUGAGCAGCUUCUCACCAGUCUUGCCUUCAGUAGCUGUAAGGACCUGAUUGCCACAGACUCCUUCAUCAAGGCCUGUGCAGAAGACAUGUGUCAUUGUGGCAACAGCAGCAGCAGUGUCACCUGCGCCUGUCCCACCAUGUCAGAGUACUCCCGCCAGUGUGCUCACGCAGGGGGGAAACCCCAGGAGUGGAAGACCGACCAGUUCUGCUUGAAGACGUGUCCUUUAAGCAUGCAGUACCAGGAGUGUGGUAGUCCCUGCACUGAUACCUGCUCCAACCCAAAGAGGAACCAGCAUUGUGAGGAACACUGCACCGACGGAUGCUUCUGCCCUGCUGGUACAUGCACUCAUUAUGCUGUUUGUCUAAAUGGACUGUCUUACCAGCCUGGACAAUCAUUCUCAAGAACAUGCCACAAAUGUACCUGUAUCCAAGGCCAGUGGAGUUGUAUGGAUCUAGAUUGCCCUGCUACCUGCUCCAUAGUGGGAGGUUCCCACAUCACCACCUACGAUGGGAAAGCCUACACCUUCCAUGGAGACUGCUCAUAUGUCCUGUCCAAGCAAACCAACAAGACUGCUUUCACAGUCCUGGGUGACAUAGUGAAAUGUGGGAAGACGGACAUUGAGACCUGCCUAAGAUCUGUAACCCUGGUGACUCCAGAGUCCACGAUGAUCGUCAUCGAGGCCAGUGGAAGGGUCUUUGUCAACAAGGUGUUUUCUCAGAUGCCGCUUUUCAUGGCGGAUGUAAGGAUCUUUCAGCCCUCUACAUUCUACAUCGUUGUGCAUACCUCUUAUGGGCUCCGUCUAGAGGUCCAGCUAACACCUAUAAUGCAGGUCUACAUCGUAGCUAGCAGUUCACACAAAGAAAAAACCCAGGGUCUUUGCGGAGACUUUAACGGUGUCCAAGCUGACGACUUCAGAACCAUCAAUGGACUCGUGGAAGGAACCGCUGUGACGUUCGCCAACACUUGGAAGACCAAAGCAAGCUGUCCUGAUGCAGAACAGAACUUUGAGAUCCCAUGCAGUCUGAGUGUAGAGAACGAGAGAUAUGCCAAGCACUGGUGCUCAAUGCUGUCAGAUAGUGAAGGAAUAUUUUCCCAAUGCCACACUGAGAUCAACCCAAAUUACUACAAGGAAAUCUGCCUAUAUGACAGUUGUAACUGUGAGAGGAGUGAGGAGUGCAUGUGUGCUGCGGUCUCCUCCUACGUCCAUGCAUGUGCUGCUGCAGGCGUCCUGCUCAGUGGAUGGAGAAACACCACCUGUGGGAAGUACUCCUCUAGCUGCCCUGACACGAUGGUCUAUGACUACACCAUGACCAGCUGUGACCGUACCUGUCGUUCACUGAGCCAGACAGACUUCACCUGCCAGUUAGACCAUGUGUCUGUGGACGGCUGUGGCUGUGCCGAGGGAACCUACCUGAAUGACCAGGGAGAGUGUGUCCCUGCCUCACACUGCUCCUGCUACAAUGGAGGCACAGUAGUACCCCCUGGAGAGGUCACCAGGAUCUAUGGGGCUACAUGUUCUUGCAGACAAGGGAAAUUAAGCUGUACUGGAGAACAACAACAUUUAUCCUGUGAAGAACCAAUGGGUUUCUUCAACUGUUCUAGUGCAGGGCCCGGAGCCAAGGGCUCAGAGUGCCAGAAGAGCUGUCAAACACUAGACAGUCACUGUAUCAGUGCAGAGUGUGUGUCAGGCUGUGUAUGUCCUGAUGGUCUGCUGUCUGAUGGAAACGGAGGAUGCAUCAAGGAAGACCUAUGUCCCUGUUCUCACAAUGGAGUCUACUACCAACCUGGACAUGUGCUCAAAGUAGACUGCAAUACCUGCACUUGUGAAGGCAGAAAAUGGCAGUGUACCAAAAAGCAGUGUGAUGGGAUGUGUGCCAUAUAUGGAGAUGGGCAUUUCAUCACUUUUGAUGAGGAAAGGUUCACUUUCAAUGGAGAUUGUGAAUACAUUCUUACUCAGGACUACUGCAGCAACAAUCCAAAAGGUACCUUUAGAGUGAUCACAGAGAACAUUCCCUGUGGAACCACCGGCACCACCUGUUCCAAGGCCAUCAAGCUCUUCUUGGGGAACAAUGAGAUCAGACUAGCAGAUGAAUCUGUAAAAGUGAUCAAACAAGAGAACGGGGUUGACGUACCAUACCAGGUCCACUCUAUCGGUCUCUAUGUUGUUGUUGAGGCUGGAAAUGGCCUGAUCCUCAUGUGGGACAAGAAGAAUAGCCUGUUCAUCAAACUCAGCUCUACCUUCCAGGGCCAAGUGUGUGGUCUGUGUGGUAACUACGAUGGUAAUGGAAAGAACGACUUCACGUCCAGAAACCAGGAAGUGGUUGUUGAAGCUCUGGAGUUUGGGAACAGCUGGAAAGUGUCACCCAGUUGCCCCAACGCUGAUAUCAUAAAAAACCCAUGCACUUUAAGAUCAUACAGGCAGUCCUGGUCUCUGAAACGCUGCAGCAUCAUCACCAGUAACGUUUUCUCAGCCUGCCACUCACAGGUGGACCCCACGCCAUUCCAUGAUGCCUGUGUGAGGGACUCGUGUGCCUGUGACACUGGGGGAGACUGCGAGUGUUUCUGUACAGCUGUAGCAGCCUACGCCCAGGCCUGUAACGAGGCAGGGGCUUGUAUCAAGUGGAGAACACCAGAUAUCUGCCCUCUGUUCUGUGAUUUCUACAACCCUAUUGGUGAGUGUGAGUGGCAUUAUAAUCCAUGUGGAUACCCCUGUAUGAAGACCUGCAAGAAUCCCUCAGGAACAUGCUCCAGUCAGAUCCCUGCACUGGAAGGUUGCUAUCCAAAAUGUCCUUCGGCCCAGCCUUAUUUGGAAGAAAGUACCAUGAAGUGUGUCAGUAAGAAGAACUGUGGUUGCUACGAUGGAGAUGGAACUCAUUACAACGAGGGAGAGGUUAUACCUUCCAAGGAGAACUGUCAGACAUGUCGUUGCUCAUCAACUGAGGUCAGAUGCAGCUAUAAUGUCCAAGCUUGUUAUUGUUUCUACGACGGCAGAACAUACCCUUAUGGAGCGACCAUAUAUCACACAUCUGACGGUGAUGGGACCUGUAUUACUGCCACGUGCAAAGAGAAUGGAACUAUUGUCCGGAUUAUGAACCCCUGUCCCAGCACCCCAAUUCCAACAACUACACCAAGUGUUACAACAACAAAGAUAUUCACUCAAGCACCGACCACAACAGUAUUUGUUUUCUCAACUCCUACCACUACCCCAACCACAACCAUAACCCCUACCCCUACCCCCACAACAACCAUUACUCUGACAACAACCCCUUCCACUACGCCCACAACAACCCCGACUUCACCAACACCCACUUCACCCACUACUACUCCACACUGCCUGACCAAGACAGUCUGUGAAUGGUCAGACUGGAUUAACAAAUACUAUCCCUCUGUUGGACCAGAAGGAGGAGAUUUUGAAACCAUAGAAAAUAUAAGGAAAUCUGGUAUUGAUAUUUGUAGCCAACCUAAAGAUGUAGAAUGCAGAGCCAAAGACAACAUCCAUGUUCCUUUGGCCGAACUAGGUCAAAAUGUUGAAUGCAAUCCCUCAGUUGGACUGAUUUGCCGCAACAAGGAUCAAGGCAUCCCACCAAUAUGCUACAACUAUGAGAUCAGAGUCAGAUGUUGUGUUGAUGUUUGUAGCAAUGAGACACCUACCACUGCAGAAAGGCCCACAACAACCAUUAUAACAUCAACAAAUACCCCAACAACAAGAAAAACAACAGAAAGUCAAACAACAACAACUACCCCAACAACAACAACAACAGAAAGUAAAACA